AUGGAGGUUGAGGAAAUUGAUAGUCCAGUGUCGCUAGCCUCUUUUAAUGCUGCCUCUGUUCCUGCUAAUGACAUUGAGCCUGAGUUUGAGCCCUCUAUUCCCGAUGUGUUGCCCCAUGAAAAGCUCUACACCAUUCAGAUUGGUGGGAACUCCUUUAGCAUAAGUGGUGCUUCACUAUCUUCUGAUUCUCCUUCUUACUUCACAAAUUAUUUUAUCAAGAAUCCUGACAAGACAAUACUAUCAAUUGACAGAUCUCCCACUGUAUUUGAAAAGAUCUACUCUCACUUGCAGGGCUACCACAUCAGCAUUGAAACUCCUUUGGAAUUUGUUUAUCUAUUCUCAGAUUCAUUUUAUUACAAUUUACCAACUUUGAAAAAAUAUAUCUAUACUUAUCCCUAUUAUUUUAUUAUUAUCGGAAACAGUUCUUUUAAAUUCAAUAAAAACUUAAUUGACUCAAAUCAUUUGAAAUUCGGCAACUAUCCAAAUUUUUUUUCAAUCUCUUAUAAUUCAAUCUUUAAGGAUCCAACUAUUUUAAUCCAAUCAAAAAAUUUAAUUCGACCACCACCACAAGCUCCAAUCAUCUUAAAGAAAAACGAUGAAAACUUAUUUAAAAUCAUUCUUAAUAUAUUA